CUGUGCAUGCUGGAAAUCAGUUUAAGAGCAUAAAAAAAUGAACAUACAGCUUUGAGGCAGAAAAGUGAUCAAAGCAUCAGGUAUUCAUGAAAAUAUCAUGAAACUUGUAAAUCCUGUGUCCUAAGACACAUAAUAUGGUGGAAAAUCAAGAAAAUCUGUAUUCUUUCAGAGAAUCCACUUUUAGUCUCUGUGAAGGCUGGAAAUGAGUUUAAGAGCAUAAAAAAAUGAACAUACAGCUUUGAGGCAGAAAAGUGAUCAAAGCAUCAGGUAUUCAUGAAAAUAUCAUGAAACUUGUAAAUCCUGUGUCCUAAGACACAUAAUAUGGUGGAAAAUCAAGAAAAUCUGUAUUCUUUCAGAGAAUCCACUUUUAGUCUCUGUGCAUGCUGGAAAUCAGUUUAAGAGCAUAAAAAAAUGAACAUACAGCUUUGAGGCAGAAAAGUGAUCAAAGCAUCAGGUAUUCAUGAAAAUAUCAUGAAACUUGUAAAUCCUGUGUCCUAAGACACAUAAUAUGGUGGAAAAUCAAGAAAAUCUGUAUUCUUUCAGAGAAUCCACUUUUAGUCUCUGUGCAUGCUGGAAAUCAGUUUAAGAGCAUAAAAAAAUGAACAGACAGCUUUGAGGCAGUAAAGUGAUCAAAGCAUCAGGUAUUCAUGAAAAUAGCAUGACACUUGUAAAUCCUGUGUCCUAAGACACAUAAUAUGGUGGAAAAUCAAGAAAAUCUGUAUUCUUUCAGAGAAUCCACUUUUAGUCUCUGUGCAUGCUGGAAAUCAGUUUAAGAGCAUAAAAAAAUGAACAUACAGCUUUGAGGCAGAAAAGUGAUCAAAGCAUCAGGUAUUCAUGAAAAUAUCAUGAAACUUGUAAAUCCUGUGUCCUAAGACACAUAAUAUGGUGGAAAAUCAAGAAAAUCUGUAUUCUUUCAGAGAAUCCACUUUUAGUCUCUGUGCAUGCUGGAAAUCAGUUUAAGAGCAUAAAAAAAUGAACAUACAGCUUUGAGGCAGAAAAGUGAUCAAAGCAUCAGGUAUUCAUGAAAAUAUCAUGAAACUUGUAAAUCCUGUGUCCUAAGACACAUAAUAUGGUGGAAAAUCAAGAAAAUCUGUAUUCUUUCAGAGAAUCCACUUUUAGUCUCUGUGCAUGCUGGAAAUCAGUUUAAGAGCAUAAAAAAAUGAACAUACAGCUUUGAGGCAGAAAAGUGAUCAAAGCAUCAGGUAUUCAUGAAAAUAUCAUGAAACUUGUAAAUCCUGUGUCCUAAGACACAUAAUAUGGUGGAAAAUCAAGAAAAUCUGUAUUCUUUCAGAGAAUCCACUUUUAGUCUCUGUGCAUGCUGGAAAUCAGUUUAAGAGCAUAAAAAAAUGAACAUACAGCUUUGAGGCAGAAAAGUGAUCAAAGCAUCAGGUAUUCAUGAAACUUGUAAAUAAAAAAAAAAGGAAUCGUUUAAAACCCAAAACUGUUAUUUCUGAAUAAAAAUGAAUAACAUGUCCCCUGUCCUGUACGUCACUGUCCAAGUUACACAAGCAUAUUCAGUCCCCUCUUCCGAGUUCCACAAGCACUUUCACUGUUCUCUGCCUGCUUAAGCCCAUGCCAUUUUCCUAAAGUGACAUAAUAACAUUAUUACACAACCUGCCAUAUCAUAUGAUACUAACAUUUUGGGAAUAUUUACACACACAGAAUACAUUCAAAAAAUAUUUUAUUAUGCACAUGUGAUAAUUUAUGUAUAGAAAUUAUUUGGUCAUACAUUUUUGUAAUUCAUAGUCAUUCCCAACAGCCAUAACAGACACAACAAUUCAAUGCAUCACAUUAUGUGGUUCAGAUACAGCUGCCUGUGAUUAUCCACUUGGCCAGUAGGUGGUUUCGUGUGCACAUCAAGCUUCGAGAAAUGAACCCUUUCUCGAACCAAUUGGCUGAAGUGGUUUGAUGCCUCAUAAGGCUUCAUCUCACCAUCACUAAUAUAUAGGUAUACAUAUAUUUAACUACUUUAAAUCAAAGUGCAUUUGCAUCCCACCGAAAAUAAUCUAAAUUGGUUACAGACAUACAGCAAUCAAAAGAAUAAAAAACAUUAUUUUUCAGUUAUCCUUUUGAAAGUGGAUAUUUUCAACAUUAUCCGCCUGCCAAUUAUCAUAAAGCUGGUUAAAGACAAUUGUUAAAAACAGUCAAACAAAUGGACUAAUGUGUGUGUCAGGACUGUGCAGCCAAUGAGCCAAUCACAGGAUCCAAUUUUGGGCGGACUAUUUGAACGCACCAGACUGCUGCUCGCUGAUUGGUUCAGGAAAACGUCCUUCGGAGGGGGUAUGUGUGUGUGUGGGGGGGGGGGGGGUCGUUUAGUGUAACAUAUAGACUUAUUUUGAUUCCAGUGACGUUUAUCGGUGAAUUAAAGAUAAUCUCUCGAUCGAUCUCAAGUGAAAACUUCUUGACGGAAAUGUAAGAAAUAGUCAAAACGUCACCCAAAACAUUACGUUAAAGGUAAAUCCGAAAGGAGCUGUUUUCUAUUAUUGAUCUGAAGCCUUUUGAUUGGCGAGUGCUGUGUGACGUCGGUAGGUGGGCGUGAGCGUUCGGAAUGUCAACAAAAGAGAGGACAAGAGAAAGGAGAAAGAAGACGAGAAGGGCUGUGUGGUACAACGGAAGACAACAGAUAUGUGGCUGUAACCUGCAAUAAUGGGUGGGUACAAUUUAAAAACCACUGUUGAGAUUAUACUCAACACACAGACAACGCGAACUAACGUUACAUGUGUCUUUAUAUCCAACGUUUACUUGAAAAGAGGAGAGAAGGAAGCGAGCGAGUGAAAAUGGAACGGCCGACAACGGGACAUUCAUUUAGCUAUAUUAUUAAUAAACAAAAGCAAUAUAAUGUUAAAUAAAUGAUAAUGUGUCUGGUUUCCUUUCUCAAAUGAAGCUAUUCACCCCGUCGCACAAUUUGAUAUAACUCGUAGCCUACGGAACGUUUAAAAAGCGGCGUUAUCCUUUUGAAAUAUCUGUAAAUAAAUACUGUCAUUUAACACUCCAGCGAGGAAUUACUUUUCCUUGAAGCGCUCGCAGUGUAAUUUCGAAAUGAACUAUGUUACAUUAAGUAAAUGCAUUCAUAGCCGACUGGAUUUUUUUUCCUGCUGGUCUGUUGUUGUUGGUAUCUCCCCAAUCCAUUCCCCAUCCACAGCAGCUUUUGAACGCUAGACUAAUAACUACAACAAGCACGUAUUGAGUGCUGGAGUACACGUAUACCUCGUUUUAUCAAGAAGUCUCUUUUUAAAUUCUGUUUAACAGUGUAGUUUGAUACGGACGUAAAAUACCAGGAAUAAACCACACACAGCCCCUCCCCCUGCUCCUUUCAGAGGAUUUAAAAACGGUAACUAGCUGCGGGGAACGUUAACCUCCUAAUACAACGAUGAAAAAGGGUCUGUGGCAGAGAGAAUAGAGAGGAGGGCUGUGUGUGUGUUUUUAGAUUAUGUACAGGACCGAACCUACGGUCAGAAGACCGUGAAGGGGUCUACCAGAGGAAAUGUGACACCGAAGCUCAGCUGAGGGAAGUGGGCUUGACUCUAAGCUGUGACUGCCCUCUCCCCCUUUGCUAGUGCAGGGAGCACAUAGCAACAAUAUACAGCAUAGUUAAAACACAACAAAAUAUAUAUCUCUCUCUCUCUCUCUCACACACACACACACACACACUACCAAACAUACUUUUGCUGUUUUUCAGUGAAUAUACUGUUGUUAAAAAACAAACAAGGGAUCACUUCCUCCCGUGCCAGCCCCAAACAUGGACGCCUACAAGCUGAAGAAGGAGCUACGGGUGAAUUAUGAGCAGGAGGCUUAUUAUCGCCCCAAAGAGACGGGCCUGAGACUUAUCGAAUCCACAACAGAGGACGACAGUCGGAUCUCAGCCAAAGGCAGAAAUGCCAAAGUGGAGGACCUGUGGAGUCUGACCAGCUUCUUCGGCUACAGCACACAGGCCUUUGUCCUGGCCGUUAACCUGCUGGACAGAUUCCUGGCCAUGAUCAAGGUCCAACCGAAGCACCUGUCCUGCGUCAGCGUCAGCUGCCUCCAGUGCCGCUUCACCACGUCUGACCUCUGCCGCAUGGAGAAGAUCGUCAGCGAGAAGCUCUGCUUCAAGUCCAACCCUGUCACCGCCUUAACCUUUCUGCACUUGUACCACCAGAUAGCACUUUCGCACUCCACAGACAGGAAAGAGACUCUUAGCCUGGAGAAGCUGGAAGCUCACUGUCUUUGCCGGAUCUCAUUCUCUAAAGCAAAGCCGUCCGUCCUAGCCUUGUCUCGGCUGAGGCAGGAUAUGGAGGCCAUCCAGUCAGAGGACAUGCUGGAGAUAGCCCAUCACAUCUAGAGACACUUAAAGAUUACGGACGGCGAGCUGCUGGUGUGGAGUGAGCGUGUGGCUCCGUGUCUGUCGGACUAUGCCUCCCCUGAAUGCAGCAAACCCAAUCACAGGAAGCUCCAGUGGAUCGUGUCGCGGCGGACUGCCCAGAACCUGCACAGCUACCGCACCGUCCCUGAGCUGCCCACCAUCCCAGAGGGCUGCUGGGAUGAGAGCGAGAGCGAGGACUCGUGUGAGGACAUGAGUUCAGGGGAGGAGUCUCUCAGCAGUUCUCUGGGCAGCCAUGAAGAGCCCGUCUUCCCUCUUCACCUCCGCCGCCAAAAACAUCUUCACGCUUAAUGUCUCCCCACCACCUUUCCCAUCCCCUCUAACUUCUUUACCU